AUGUCGAAGCAUGUCACCCGCCCACUAAGAGCGAUAGGCUCAUCAUCGAGGAUAAUUCGCAGGUCAGCAUCGACCGUAGCUGAAUCGUCGACAUCCUCAUCUUCAUCUUCCGAUCUAUCUCCUACAUCUUCAUCUUCAUCCUCAUCAACCCCUUCCGAACCAUCAUCAAACAAACCAAGCGGUCUACCAAGACAAGCAUUCUCGAUCCCUUAUUCUCCUGUCCCUCGUUUACCAAACUUCCCAAAUACCUACAAUUCGCCUAUACAUAAACAUUAUAAUCACCCAUCACCUUUAUUCUCCCCUCCACACCCUUCGAAAUAUCCUACGACGCUGGAAGAUCAGAAUGCAUUGAGGAAGGAACAGAAGCUUUCGGCUAUAUCUGGAUUGAGCAGGGAAGAAUUGAGGGGGUUGAAUAGGUUUGUGGUGAGGAGUAGGAAAGUGCAGCAUAUGACGAAGAAGGGAAAAAUGGGAGUAAACCAAGCUUAUGUAGUUGUUGGAUCACCCGAACGAGGCUUGGUAGGAUUAGGUAGAGGUAGAGGUCAUAAUGGUGCUGCAGCUGCCGAUGCGGCAUUCCAUAAAGCCGUUCUCUCGAUGGACUAUGUCAACCGAUAUGAAUCUCGUACGCUCUGGGGAGAAGGUAAAGAUUUGACUGGGAAAUGGGGUGCUGCGAAAGUACAUCUCAGAGCUAGACCACCAGGAUUCGGUCUGAUGGUCCCACCGAUGAUUCAUCGGUUGUUCACUGCAUGUGGUAUCAAAGAUGCCAGCGCUAUGAUCACCGGCUCUAGAAAUAGACCGGACGUACUCAAAGCGACUAUCCAGAUAUUACACGGUGGUGGCAACCCAUCAGGAUUCGGUACGGGUUUGUUCGGCAAGAAAGGGCCGAGGGAGAAUAAAGGCCAAGGGAUGAGGAGUAAAGAAGAGAUUGAGAGGGAGAGGGGAAGAUACGGUGUGGAUGUCGGUAGAAGGACAUAG